UCUGAUUCUCUUGUUCGACGUUUUCUUGCAGUACUCUGACUCUCCAGUUCCUUUGUGACUAUGGUCCAAAAACCUAUUUAUUAAUCAACUUACAAUCGAUUUUUUUCAAAAACUAUUUUUUUUUUCAUCCGUGCAAGAAGAAAUUUCAUUUGUUUUCGCCAGACAUGACGCUGAGUUCCCAGACGAUCACGAAAAUCUCCCGGGCGUUGAGCGGGCCCCUGAGGCACUGGCCCGGCAUGCCAAGAGACGGAGCAGGCUGGGUGCCGCUGGCGGACGUCCGGGCGCGAGUGAGAGGCUUGCGGGGCGUAAGCUUGCGGGAGGUGGAGGAGGUGGUAGCGAGGGACUCGAAGCAAAGGUAUGAGCUGUCUUUGUGCCGGACGAAGAUUCGAGCAGUGCAGGGCCAUUCAGAUUUGGGCGUGGAAAUCGUGCACGAAAGAAUCACAAAAGCGGAGAAGCUGAAGUGCGACAUUUUACACGGAACCAGCAGAGCCUCCUGGGAGAAGAUCAAGACAAGUGGAAGACUCGAUCGCAUGUCGCGGAAACACGUGCAUCUGGCAGCCGGCUGGGAAGCAGUGUCCGGGAUGCGGAAGGGAUCUGAGGUCGUUCUCCAGAUCGACGUAAAAAAGUCCAUGGAGAAGUACGGCCUGCAAUUCUGGAAGUCGAAAAAUGCGGUGAUCCUCACCGGUGGACCGAUUCCGCUAGACUGUGUGCGAUGCAUCCGGGGUGAAGAGGAAGCAACGGGUUUCAGUGAAGUAGACCACAAAGUCGAAAACCACUGGAAGGAAGAGGAAGAGGAUCUGAGCGCCACUGCGUCGACAAGUAGCACCAGCAAGUUCGAACAAGGCAUGUUCUCAAGUACCAGAAUGGUGGAGGCCAAAACUGAUGCGAGUGACAAGAACGUCGAUAGCAAGAGCACCAUUGCGUCGACAGAUGACGAGGCCGUCGAAGGGACAGGAAAUAGAACCCACCAGACUCAGAAUUUUACACAAAGCGGUUAUUACCAGUCCCCUGUCGUGUACCACAGUAACGGUUUCAAUUACACCUACUACUACCACAAUCACUUUGCCUACCAUCAGCAAAAUAUCCGAAGCAACCAGCUAGUGAUGCCGACUGCUGUGGCCUAUGCAGAAAAGCUGGCGGAGAGAGAACAAGCGGCAAGGGAAACAGAGGAGCGGCGGCGGAGGCAUCAAUCAGCCGAAUUACAGCGCGACAACAUCCUGCGCAAGUUACAAAACUUCCAAAAUCAAAAGAACUCAUUCCAAUUUCAGUAAAACCAUGUAAAGUUCUGAUCAGUUGUCACAUGCAGUUUCAGUUUCGCAAUUGUACACUUUGAGUUCAUCCAAGAAAAUUUCAAGCUGCAGUAAAUGUACAGGUUUACAUGAACUACGACUAUUCGUGCUUUCCUAUUUUUCAAGUUACCCAAGUUGCCAAGUAGUUUCAAGUUACCCAGUAUAUCAGUUUAGCACGCCACCCAGUACAAGUACAUUAGAGCUUGACGCUCCCCCCAAUGUGAGUUCGAUUUUUGCCAGUAUGAAGGGGAUUCACAAUGUGACCCAUUUUGAUUUUAU